AUGCAACACGCUCCACCAGGUUGGCCAACUGGACAAUAUCCACCGAAUGCGAUGAUGCCACCAUCAAUGAUGAUGAUACCACCAUUGAUACCACCUUCAGCACAAAUGGGAAUGAACGGCGGCAUGAAGAACGAUGACGGUUAUGGAAGUCCAGCCUCGCACGAAAAGAAAACAUUAUGGACAGAACAUAAAGCACCAGAUGGUCGCACUUAUUUCUAUAAUUCAAUAUCAAAAGAAUCUCGUUGGGAAAAACCUGAUGAAUUGAAAUCGUCCACCGAACUUAUGUUAUCACAAUGUCAAUGGCGUGAAUACAAAUCCGAAAAUGGACGUGUUUACUAUCAUAAUGUUGAUACAAAAGAAUCUCGAUGGACAAAACCAAAAGAAUUAGAAGAUAUCGAAAAAAUGAUUACGCCACAACAAUCUUCAACUGACUCACCAAAUAAUACGGGAUCGCCUGCAACACCUAUUACACCAAAUAUUCCACCACCAAUGAUUCCACCAUUUGGUAUGAUGCCACCAAUGAUGCCUCCCUUUGGUGCCUUUCCUCCAGCAUCCAUGAUGGCUGCAAUGCAACCAAUGACAGCAUCACCAAUGGCCAAUGACGCAGAUUUACCAUCAAAUGAAAAUAGUCGUGAUAGUAGUGAUGAUACAAGUAGCGAUAAAGUCGGCAAUAAUAGUCCAGCGACAAGUAAUGAACCACAAGUUAAAAUCGAAUAUGCCUCGAAGAAAGAGGCCAUGGAUGCAUUUAAAGAGUUGCUCCGUGAAAAAAAUGUACCAUCCAAUGCUACAUGGGAACAAGCACUUAAACUAAUUGGUAAUGAUGCACGAUAUGCGGCAAUAAAACAUAUCAAUGAAAAAAAGCAAACAUUCAAUGCGUUUAAAGUUGCUCGUGCUAAAGAAGAAAAAGAAGCUGAACGUCUAAAAUUAAAACGAAUCAAAGAUGAUUUCGAAGCAUAUCUACAAAAUUGUGAACAUAUGAAUUCAACAAUUAAAUAUAAAAAAGCUGAACAAUUAUUUUCGCAUUUACAAGUUUGGUCAGCUGUGCCAGAACGUGAACGGCGUGAAUUAUAUGAAGAUGUUGUCAGUUAUUUAGAAAAAAAAGAAAAGGAAGAAGCUAAGGCGUUGAAAAAACGAAAUGAAAAAGCAUUGAAAGAAAUUUUAUUCAAUAUGUCAAAAGUAACCUAUCGAACAACUUGGCAAGAAGCUCAACGACUUUUACUUGAUAAUGUUGAUUUUGUUAAUGAUACUGAAUUACAAAAUAUGGACAAAGAAGAUGCAUUGAUUGUCUUCGAAAAUCAUAUUCGAGAAUUAGAAAAAGUUCAUGACGAUGAAUCUGAAGCACAGCGAAAAUAUAUUCGACGAACAAAUCGUAAAAAUCGAGAAGCAUUUUUAUAUUUUCUCGAUGAAUUGCACGAACAAGGUAAACUUCAUUCAAUGUCACUAUGGGUCGAAUUAUUUGGUACUGUUUCGAAUGAUGAACGAUUUAGUAAAAUGUUGGGUCAACCCGGUUCAACGCCAUUAGAUUUAUUCAAGUUUUAUGUUGAAGAUUUAAAAGCUCGUUUUCAUGACGAGAAAAAAGUCGUGAAAGAAAUAUUAAAAGAUAAAGGUUAUACCAUUGAUAUUGAUUCAACAUUUGAAAAGUUUGCUGAAAUUAUUUCAACUGAUAAACGUGCUGCAACUUUAGAUGCUGGAAAUAUUAAAUUAGCAUUUAAUAGUUUAAUGGAAAAAGCCGAACUUCGAGAAAAAGACCGUUUAAAAGAAGAAGCACGAAAACAAAAACGACUUGAAUCAAACUUCAAACAAUUAUUAAAAGCGAAAUUAAAUUCGUUAAAUGAACAAUCGAAAUGGGACGAUGUUAAAGGACAAAUAGAAAAUGAUAAUGAUUUUACUGCGCUUUCGUCGGAAUCAGAUCGUGUUCGUCUUUUCGAAGAAUUUCAUCGACAAAUUGUUGCUGAUGCACAAGCAGCGGCGGCGGCGGCGGCGGCAGCAGCUGCAUCUCAUCAUUAUCACCAUCAUCAUAAAAAAGCACGAAAAGAAAAGAAAAAACGAAAACAUGAAAAAUCCAGUAGUAAUACAGCAGCAGUUAGCGAUUCCGAUGGUGAAGAGAAAAAGAAAUCUUCAACAGCUCCAGCAGCUCCAACAACAACCACAACUACAGCUUCUACACCACAACCAGUCGCAACAGAAGCUCCCGAAAGUGAUGAAGGUGAAACAAAAGAUAGUGAUGGUGGUGCACCAUCAACGACUGUACCGACAGCUCCAACGUCCGAACCAUCAACAGGAACCAAAGCUAAGAAAAGUAAAAAAUCAAAGAAGAAACGCAAGAAGAAAGCAACAUCUGGGCAUUCUUCGAGUGAUAGCGAAUCCGAUGAUGAAACUGCAAGUGCAUCAUCUAAGAAGAAAAAGAAAAAAGACAAAUGA